AUGGAUAGGAUACUUUGUUGGAAUGUACGAGGGAUUAACAGCCAACAUAAGCAUCGAGAGAUUAAGCAUUUAAUCCUUUCAAAGAAUGUUGGUUUGGUUAGUCUUCUCGAGACAAAAGUGAAAAAUAAAAAUAUGGGCUCCCUUUAUACUAGUUUGUUUUCUGGAUGGUGUUUUACUAAUAACAAUCCUUGGAUUGAUAAGGGCAGAAUAAUAGUAGCUUGGAAUCUGAAAGUGUACUCUCUUGAUAUUAGGUUAUGCACCACUCAAUUGAUACAUUGUUUGGCGCAAGUACCAAAUCGGGCAGGAAGUUUUUUUAUCACCUUUGUGUAUGGUUUUAAUGAUGAAUUAUCUAGGGAACAGUUGUGGAAAGAUAUGCAGGAGUUGGCUUUAUCCAUUGCUGAUCCUUGGAUGGUGAUAGGGGACUUUAAUGAGAUUAUUUCUCAUCAUGAAAGAAUAGAUUAUUUUCCAAACUCAGAAGCUAUUUUUCUUCCGGAAGGACUCUUUGAUCAUAGUCCAGUCCUUGUUCACUUCUAUUUGGAGUUUGCAAUGGAGAAGAAGCCAUUUAGAUACUUUCAGAUGUGGAAAGAAGCUCCCUCUUAUGUAUUAUUGGGUAUUAAGAGAGAAGGUUUUUCUGACAUACAACAGACAGAAUUUAAGGAAAAAAUGUUGCUGAGGGAGAUUCAGGAAAAAUUGCAUCAGGAUCUGCUUAAUGACUGUAUUAUUAAUCAAGAACAAGUGGCUAGAGAAAAUUUCCUCCAAUUCCAUAAAGCUUACAUGAUGUUUUUGGAAAAAAAAGCUAAAGCAAUUUGGAUGGAUAAUGGAGAUGAGAAUACUCAUAUUUUCCAUGCAUCUCUGAAGGCUAGGCGGAUACAGAACAGGAUUCUCUCCAUCAAGAAUGAGGAUGACAUUUGGGUAGAUACACCAACUGGUAUCAAAGAGGCUUUUUUAGGCUAUUAUCAACGAUUGUUGGGGAAAUUUAUGAUACAAAGGAAGCAAGUUUCUCGGUCAAUAAUGAGUUUAGGCCCAGUUCUUUCUGAAGCUCAUAUUCAGAUCCUUACAACAGACUUCUCAAUCCAGGAGGUUAAAAAUGCUAUGUUUUCAAUUUCAGGGAUGAAAGUUCCUGGCCCAGAUGGAUAUACUAGCUACUUCUAUCAAGAUAACUGGAAUUUGGUGGGUUUGGAGGUUAGUGCAGCUUUUCUAUCCUUCCUCAAAUCGGGUAAAUUGAUCAAAGAGAUUAAUGCCACAACUAUUACUCUCAUUCCUAAGACAAUCUUCCCAGAUAAUGCUUGUGAUUUCAGACCCAUUGCAUGUUGUAAUGUCAUUUAUAAAACAGCGCCUAAGAUGAUUUUUUCAAGACUUCGCCAAGUUCUUCCUGACUUAAUAGCAGAAAAUCAAGGGGGAUUUGUUCAAGGAAGAUACAUAGCAUACAACAUCAUGAUAUGUCAAGAUUUAGUUCGACAUUAUGGGAGGAAAAGUUGCAAACCAUGUUGUAUGAUCAAGUUGGAUUUGAGGAAAGCUUAUGACACCAUUGAGUGGGAUUUUAUUGAAGAGAUGCUCACUACCUUUCAUUUCCCUCUGAAAUUUAUUUAG